AUGGCCUCCGGGACCAUCGGCCCCGACGAGGCCAAGGGCCCGGGCCAUGCCCUGGUCCUCCGGCUUGUCGACCGCAUUCGGCAGCUCGAGCAUCAGAUAUACUCCAAUGAGCUUGAUUCCAGGGCAUCAAGCUCCGAUACAGAUGCCACAUCGCGCUUGGGCCACCUGAUGAAGCGUGCUCAGGCCGGGCUCGACUCCGGACUGGCAUACAUUCUCGGGGAGGAGGAGGUGGCCCAGGCAAACCAGGACGCCGCCCGCAUCCGGGAGGCGGAGGAAGCGUGUGCCGAUCUGCAGGCCCGCCUGGAUGCAGCCCGGACGCAGGUGCAGAAGGACGCCGUCCACAUCAUGCACCUGACCCGCCAGCUGGACGCCGAGCGCCAGAACGCGGCGGCUGAGAGGAUGCUGGCUGGGUCCAGCAUGGAGGCCGCGCUGAUGGAUGCCAGGCGAGCGGCGCAUGAAGAGGCGGCGACGGCCCUGGGGCGGGCAGAGGCGCGGGCCGGGGAGGAGCUGGCCGCCGCGGCCGCGGCGGCGCAGGAGGCCCUGCGCGCCGCGGCUGCGGAGGUGGACUUGCUGCGGAGCGGCCGCGCGGCCCUGGCCCAGGAGCUGAACGAGACCAGGGUGCGGCUGGAGCGGGCCUUGGCGGCCGCCGACGACUUCCACGCCCGCUUCCUGCAGGAGCGGGCCGAGCGGCGCAAGGUGCACGAGGAGCUGCAGAGCCUGCGCGGCAACAUCCGCACCCUGCGCGUCCGCUGCGGCGACCGCCGCACGCAGGAGUUUGAGUUUGGCACAGUGGCAGACGCAGGCGUGAGCCAGGCUGAGCUGUUCGAGGAGGUGGCGCCGCUGGUGCGGUCGGUGGCAGACGGGCACAACGUCUGCAUCUUCGCCUACGGCCAGACGGGUUCUGGCAAGACGCACACCGUCACCGGCCCGGCGCAUGACCCGGGGCUGGCGGCGCGCGCCGCCGACGCGCUGUGCGCGCUGGCCUCGGCCGAGGGCGCCGAGCGCCGUGCGCUGGAGGUGGGCAUGCUGGAGGUGUACGGCGACGUGGACGUGCUGGCGCUGCUGCGCGAGGGCUGCGCGGCGCGCGCCACCGCCGGCACCGCGCUCAACGCCGCCUCCUCCCGCUCCCACGCCGUGCUUUCCAUCCGGGCCAGUGACCCGGACGGUCUCGCCGGCGCCAGCGUGCUGCACCUGGUGGACCUAGCAGGUUCCGAGCGCGUCGCGCGCUCCGAGGUGACGGGCCAGCAGCUGCGGGAGGCGCAGGCCAUCAACAAGUCGCUGUCGGCGCUGGGGGACGUGAUGGCGGCGCUGGCGACACGCGCGCCGCACGUGCCCUUCCGCAACUCGCGCCUGACCCAGGUGCUGCAGGACUCGCUCUGCGGCUCUAGCAAGGUGCUCCUGGUGUGCUGCCUGGACCCGGACCCAGCCUCCGCCCCGGAGUCGCUGUCAUCCCUGGCCUUUGCCGCGCGCGCGGCGCGCCUUGCUCUGCCCACCAUGGAGCCGGUGCGAACACCUGCCGCAAACUAUUCCAUGGUGUCGGUGGCGGAGGCCGUCGAGACGGCGCUGGGCGCGACGAGGCCGCUCCCUCCCCAGGAUUUCAGCUACAUCGAUGCACUAGGACUGACCCUGGCGGAAGAUGUGCUGGCCAGAGAUCCGAUCCCCGCGUACAGGGCCAGCAUUAAGGACGGGUAUGCCGUCAGGGCUGUCGAUGGGCCUGGCGUUUACCCCGUGGCUUUUGAGGCGUUUGCAGGGGCCGAGCCGGAGACCCUCCCCCCCGGCACCGUGGCCUACAUCGGUACGGGCGGGCCGCUGCCCGAGGGGGCGGAUGCCGUGGUCCAAAUCGAGGAUACCCUGGAUCAGGGAGCGGACGAUCGUGGCCAGCGACUGGUCAAGAUCCUCGUGGAGGUGCCCGGCCCGGGGUAUGAUGUGAGGCAGAUCGGGAGUGAUGUCGCUCAGGGCGAGGUCAUCCUGCCGGCAGGGCAUCACCUGCUGCCCGCGGAGAUCGGGAUCCUAGCCGGCUCCGGGGCCGUCACCGUGAAGGCCUAUCCCCGGCCACGCGUGGCCGUGCUUUCCACUGGUGACGAAGUCAAGGAUCCGGCGGCCGUUGCACUUGGGCCGGGCCAGGUCAGGGACACCAACAGGGCCAUGCUCAUGGCGGCGGUCAGCGAGGCGGGGGCGCUGACGCAGGAUCUGGGCAUCGCAGGAGACACCGAGGAAGAAAGCACGGCGGCAUUCCGCAGGGCGCUGGAUGGGGGCGCUGACGUCAUGCUGAUCACGGGUGGGGUGUCCAUGGGCCAGCGUGACUACAUCAAGCCCCUCUUGGAAGCGCAGGGCACAGUGCACUUUGGCAAGGUGUGCAUGAAGCCUGGCAAGCCGCUCACCUUUGCGGAGGUGCCGCGGGAGGGCAGGGCCCCCCUACUUGUCUUCGGCCUGCCUGGGAACCCAGUUAGCGGCCUGGUCACUUUCAACCUGGUGGUGCUUCCCUGCCUGAGACGGCUGCAGGGCUGGGGGGACCCAGGCCUGCGGCGAGUGCAUGCCAGGCUCUCCUUUGACAUAAAGCAGGACCCCGCCAGGCCAGAGUACCACCGCGCCAUCGGGUCUUGGAGAAGGAUGGCGGGGGGCGAUGGGUGGGAACUCGUGGCACAAUCCACGGGAGGACAGAUCAGCAGCCGCCUGCUCAGUCUCCGGGCCGCCAACCUGCUCCUGGAGAUCCCCAGGGUGAGUCAUAGUCCGGGGUACAAUGAGCUCAGUGCAUGA